AUGAGAAUUGCUGCGUAUAGAUCACCACGCGAGACAGACACAAAAUUUAGGAUUCUACUGUCUGGGGUGUUGUCCGCUUAUAAUCAUCACAGACGAUUCACCCUUAACAAUCUCACGCGCGAGCAAUAUCAGGGUUUCACAGAAAUCCGCGAAAUGACUACUAAAGGGAAAAUGCGCCUUUCAGUUAGCGAUAAGGGUGGAGAAUUCGUAGUCAUGUCACAAGCUCUUGAUCGGGAAAUAACAAAUCUUCACUUGCAAGAUGAGACAAUCCAUCGCUGCGUAACAGAGAAAGAAUUCCUCGUGCAGUGCAAACGCUUGAAUCAUGUAUGGAUGUCCAUAGGAAAAUCUGCUGGUCUUGACGAACGAUUUGUAAGCCGUUUCAAGCUUGACUAA